AUGCCGAUGACUAUGGAAAUGUAUGGUUAUGGCUGGGUGUCCAUAUCCAUUUGGGCAUGUCUGUUACCGCUUGGGCUAACGAAGGUUUUCCAGAGGCGAUGGGCUUUUGAUUUGGUGGAUAGGAAGGAGGCGGACAACACCUGGCUGCAGGUAGCUCUUCUCAAAGCACUUGUGGGAGGCAUACCUUCUUUCAUCAAUCAGCGUAUACCAUGUUCUCAGGGCCGCGUCGUCCGCUUCGUCCUCCAGUCCUUCUCCCUCCGCGGUACCCUCGCCCCCCACACCCUCUCCCUCCUCGACCAGCUCCGCGUCCUCAGCCUCCACAACAACUCCCUCUCCGGUCCCCUCCCCAACCUCUCCUCCCUCUCCAACCUCAAGUACCUCUUCUUGAACCGCAACUCCUUCUCCGGUUCUUUCCCUCCUUCACUCCUCGCCCUCCACCGCCUCCGUGCCCUUGAUCUCUCUCACAACAACUUCACCGGUUCGAUCCCCGCUCUCCUAACUGGUCUGGACCGGCUCAACUCCCUCCACCUCGAGUUCAACCGGUUCAACAGCUCCUUCCCGGCUUUGAACCAGUCUUUCCUCACCGACCUCAACGUCUCCUCCAACAACCUCACCGGCCCCGUCCCGGGCACCCCACUCUCUCCCGGUUCGACAGCACCUCGUUCCAGUUCAACCCGGCCUCUGCGGCGAGAUUAUGAACAAGGCCUGCAGCUCACGCUCACCCUUCUUUGA